ACUUGGGCAAAGCGUUCAAAUUUGAUCCAGAGUUUUCCCAAUUCCUAUCUUCCCCCUCGUCUAGACCUCGUAUCGAGCUUUUGGAUCUUUUCUCUCAAAAGUUUCCCUUUCAUUUCUCAUUUUUUUCCGGAGUAGAGAUCACAUCGACAAUGGCAUCUUCGUCCCAACUUCACCAUGCCCCACCCUUCAGGGCCGAACACAUGGGCUCACUCCUCCGACCCCAAAAGCUGCUAGAUGUCCGCGCCCAAAUCCGCGACGAGGGCAUCUCGGAGGAGGCAGCUGGCCUGCCCGCCAUCGAGAAGGAGUCAAUCGGCAAGAUCGUCAAGACUCAGCUCGACCUCGGCUUCAAGGCCGUGAACAGCGGCGAGUACAACCGUACCCGAUUCUGGGGUCUGUUUUGGGACGAGCUCGAGGGCACGACCAGACUGCAGGACGCCGACGCCAGCAUGUUCCGGCUGUACCACCCGGACGUGGUGAGUCUGAUCGAAAAGGACCGCAAAGUCAUGCCCGGGGACAGCGUGAUCGCCGGUUCAAAGAUUCGGUACCCUGCCAACGGCACCAAGAGCAAUCUUGCCGAGUUGAAGGAGGUUCAGGCUUUCGUCCCCAAGGAAGAAUGGGGAAACAUCAAGUUGACCGUCAUUACACCUGCUUGGUUCCACAUGAGAUACAAGCAAGGCAAGGCGUACACCCCCGAAGCCUAUUCGAAUGAUGCCGAAUACUUUGCCGACGUCGCAAAGGCUUACAAGGCCGAGUUACAAGUCUUGUACGAUGCCGGGUUGAGAAACGUUCAAUUCGAUGACCCUGGUUUGGCAUAUUUCUGUUCCAACGCCUUCCGCAAGGGUUGGGAGGAGGACAAGGACAACGUCGGGACGGUCGACGAGCUUCUGGACGCCUACAUCAAGCUGUACAACGACUCCAUCGCCGGCCUGCCCGCCGACCUCCACACGGGCGUCCACCUGUGCCGGGGCAACUUCAUCGGGGGCCGACACUUCGCCGAGGGUGCCUACGACAUCAUCGCCAAGAGGCUGUUCGAGAACCUCAACGUCAACACCUUCUACCUGGAAUACGACACCGAGCGGGCCGGAGGGUUCGAACCUCUCAAGUUCCUCCCCAGGAACAAGAACGUCAUCGUGGGUUGCAUCAGCACGAAACUGCGCCAGCUCGAGGACAAGGAGGCCACCAAGGCCAAGAUCUACAAGGCCGCCGACUUCGUCGCGCAGGGGUCCGGGCAGACCCGCGAGGAGGCCCUCAAGAGGAUCGGCGUCAGCCCCCAGUGCGGCUUCAGCACCCACGAGAGCGGGUACCCCCUGUCCGACGACGACCAGAGUGCCAAACUGGCCCUGGUGAGGAAGGUGGCCGAUGAGAUUUGGGGUGAGCCGUAGAUGACCGCACAAAGUGGUCGAGGGUGACACGAAACAUGAGAUGUGGCCGAGGAGAGGAAGCUGAAGGCCGGGAGAUAUAUAUACAUGUGCGUACCCUAGGUUUGUAUAUGUACAGAAAGGCCAUGAUGGCAACGAGGUGAGAUGACUUUUGGUAACGAACGGACGAGAAAAAAAAACAGAAAAGAAUUCUCAAAAGGGGCCCAAGUAUAUCCCGCUAGAGGAGGGUAUACUUUUUGUCUGUCACCAGUGGCUUUUUCAACAAAAAGCUGGAGUUGGACAAAUUUUUUCAAGAGACGAACAAAGGACAGCAUGUGGUGGUGGCGUGGUACCGGGGAAGUACCUAGAAUACGCAGUUACGGUUUCGAGUGGAUUCAACAUGAUACCCCCCAAAUAUGAAGCGAUGAGUAUAGUUCGUCCAUUUGAGGUACCAAUUGUACCUUUGUAGGAUGGAUGUAGCUGAUAUGAAAUAUACAAAUGAG